UUGAAAAGGUGAUGGCAAGCCACUUUCCUGAAUCACUGCAGCCAGUGGAAGCCACCGACGAUGCAUUCUGGGAUCAGUUCUGGGCUGACACGGCUACAUCCAUCCAGGACGUGUUCACCUUGGUGCCAGCAGCUGAGAUCCGAGCAGUCAGAGAGGAGUCACCCUCUAACUUAGCCACCCUGUGCUAUAAGGCAGUUGAGAAGUUGGUCCAAGGUGCUGAGUCGGGCUGUGCAAGUGACAAGGAGAAACAGAUUAUUAUUAACUGCACUGAGCUGCUAACCCGCAUCCUGCCUUACAUCUUUGAGGAUCCGGAUUGGAGAGGCUUCUUCUGGUCAACAGUUCCCGGAGCAGGCCGUGCUGGGGUUGACGAAGGGGAUGAUGAGAAUGCCCGGCCUCUCGCUGAAUCCCUCUUACUGGCCAUCGCUGACCUUCUCUUCUGCCCAGACUUCACCGUCCAGAGUCACAGGAAGUCUGGGCCGGAAACUGCUGAGGAUCUGCACUGUAUCGACAGCUGUGAGUACAUCUGGGAGGCUGGGGUAGGAUUUGCCCAUUCUCCACCUCACAGCUACAUCCACGACCUAAACAGGACAGAGCUUCUGAAGCUGCUGCUGACUUGUUUCUCCGAGGCUGUGUAUCUCCCACCCACCACCGAGGGAAACAUUCUCAACCCCUGGGUCCAGUUCUUCUGCUCGACAGAGAACAGACAUGCACUGCCACUGUUUACCUCACUGCUGAACAUUGUGUGUGCGUAUGACCCUGUGGGAUAUGGCAUCCCCUACAACCACCUCCUCUUCUCCGACUACAGGGAGCCCCUGGUGGAGGUGGCUGCCCAGGUCCUCAUUGCGACACUGGACCACGAUGCCUCAACCAGCCUCAGCCCAUCUGUGGAUGGGACCACAACAAGCACGGCCAUGGAUGAUACAGAGCCUCUUGGCCCAGAGAAUCUGUUUGUCAACUACUUGUCUCGAAUACAUAGGGAGGAGGAUUUCCAGUUUAUUCUGAAAGGUCUGGCUCGUUUGCUAAACAACCCACUGCUCCAGACCUACUUGCCCAAUUCCACCAAGAAAAUCCAGUUCCAUCAGGAGCUUCUGGUUCUCUUCUGGAAACUCUGUGAUUUCAACAAGAAAUUCCUUUUCUAUGCCCUGAAGAGCAGUGAUGUCCUGGAUAUCUUGGUGCCCAUCCUGUACUAUCUGAAUGAUGCGCGAGCUGACCAAUCUCGGGUGGGAUUGAUGCACAUUGGGGUCUUCAUCCUCCUGCUUCUCAGUGGAGAGCGCAACUUUGGUGUCCGACUGAACAAGCCGUACUCGGUCCGUGUGCCUAUGGACAUCCCAGUGUUCACUGGAACCCAUGCUGAUCUCCUUAUCAUUGUGUUUCACAAGAUUAUUACCAGUGGGCACCAGCGACUCCAGCCACUGUUCGACUGUUUGCUUACGAUCGUUGUCAACGUCUCUCCCUAUCUGAAGAGCUUGUCAAUGGUUGCUGCAAACAAGUUACUGCAUCUACUAGAAGCCUUCUCAACAACAUGGUUCCUGUUCACAGCAUCUCAGAACCAUCAUCUAGUCUUCUUCCUCCUUGAGGUCUUCAAUAAUAUCAUCCAGUACCAGUUUGAUGGGAAUUCAAACUUGGUGUAUGCCAUCAUUCGGAAACGCAAUGUGUUCCACCAAUUGGCCAAUCUCCCGACAGACCCUGCUGCCAUCCAGAAAGCCCUGCAGAAGAAGAAGAAAUCAACUGAGCCGAUCUCACGGACCAAUUCACAGGAAGGAGUGUCCAUGGAAGGAUCCCGGCCUGCUGCUCCAGCAGAGCCUGGCACGUUGAAAACCAGUCUCAUUGCAACUCCAGGAAUAGAUAAGCUGACGGAGAAAUCGCAGGUGUCAGAAGAUGGAACACUGAGCCGUGUGGAUCAAAGCCAGGCUCAGCCUGCCAGCCCGGCUGAGAACUGUCCAGCACCGUUAGCCAGUGACACUGAGGCUUCAAGUGCGGUGGAUGCUCUUGCUGCCACUACCUGCAGAACUGUCUGGGAGGCGAUGCCACGAAAUCCAGAAAGGAGGAGGAAACCAUCCAGUCUCUCAUCAGCAAGUCACUGGGUCCCAAGCCCUGAUUGGGUGAUAUCAUGGAAAUCAAAACUGCCCCUCCAAACAAUCAUGCGCCUGUUACAGGUUCUGGUCCCACAAGUGGAGAAGAUCUGCAUUGACAAAGGUUUGACCGAUGAGUCGGAGAUCCUGAAGUUUCUACAGCAUGGCACCCUGGUGGGAUUGCUCCCUGUGCCCCAUCCCAUCCUCAUCCGCAAAUACCAAGCCAAUGCUGGCACUGCCAUGUGGUUCCGCACGUACAUGUGGGGCGUCAUUUACCUGAGGAACGUUGACCCACCCAUCUGGUAUGACACCGAUGUGAAGCUGUUUGAAAUUCAGCGAGUUUGAGGCGGGAAGCUGGAAAACUCUGGCCAAAUUACUUUCACUUUAAUUCUCUGUCUGACAGCUGGUAUCUGCACCCCUUUACCUAAACUGAUGUAACAUGUCCUUUCACAUGGUUUGUGUAUCCCCUGAUAGGACUAAGGGCAGACCGCUUCCUCACUGAGCCAGAUCCUCACCAACUCCCCCCCUGUCACUGUCUACAUAGUCAGGUCUAACCUGACCAGGCUGUCCUGUUCCCAUACUGCUCUGUCUGCAGGGCUUCAGUCUGGGGCAGUUCCUUCACUGAGUGAUAGGUAACUGUUCACUCUACAACUCUCCACUGGCUCCGGUAAUAAAGCAGCAGCUACACUGACUCGCUCGGGGAGCGGCUGCUACUAUUGUACAGGUUUCCCUGAGCGAGGGUGACUCACCCUCUCCCCUGACCCGCCUGCCCUCCCGGUGUCUCUCCCCUGACCCCCCCUCCCCGCCCUCCAGGUCUCUCUCCCCUGACCCUCCCC